AUGUUCUUAAGAUUAAGAGUAAUAAAAAUUUUAAUUGCUUAAACCCAUUUAAAAAGAGAAUUCAAAUAUUCACUUCUAAGUAUUGGUAUUUAAUUUUUCUCACUUCAGGCUAAAGUUUACUUUAUACUUUAGUAAAAUGUCAUGGGUGGAUUUUCAACUUAUAACUUAGGGAUAAAGAUGCUGGUAUCAAUCCUUUAAUUGUGCGGAUUGUGUUUAUCAUAAUUUAUGAGUUGUUCAAUUCAAUUCGGUCUUUCAAUAAACAAAAAUAUAGGUACUUAGCAGUUCUCUACUAAUUGGUUAAACAUUCAAGGGAUAUUUCCAUAUUAGUAUUAGCCGCUUCCCUUAGAGUCGAAUCUUUACAACAUAAAGACAUUCACAAAACGCAGAAGUAAUUAUAAAUUUACUGAAUAAUCAAGGCGAGCAUAAAUCAAAACCCAUAUCAAAAUGAAAUUAUCCACUAGCUAAAUCUCAUUGACUGGGUUGAAUGCUACUACUCCGUUCAAUUCUGACGAUAUCAUUCGUUAAGCUGAAGUUUUAGUAAGUCUACUAAAAUCAAGAAUAUGUAUGAUGAUUUCGUUUUCUUUUUAAUAUACAUAGUAGUAAUUGUGGCCUAUUUCUUCUCAUAUUUCCGUUCGACUUGCGGAUAUGUUUGCAAUCAAAUCAAUUAUUUUUAGUAUUAUGCUUAAAAUCCAAUGCAUUUGUAUUAAAUAUUAUUUGUUUUGCUAUGCAAUCGAUUUUGGGUGUAAUAAUCUCUGUGCCUAUAAUACUAUUAGAUCAUUACAUAGCUGUGUUCUUUGACAAGAGUGCCAUUCAGAAUAAAAUAAAGAAAUGCACAUAUAAUUUUAUAAUAAUUAAUGGAAACUACUAUUUUAGAAUGUAAUAUUUGGAUGGUUGAGUAUGUUGAAAAUGACAAAAUAAUUUAGUUACAAUAUAGUAAUAUGUAAAUCUAUUAUUUAAUAAAAGGCAUCAUUUCCAUGUACAAUGUCUAUAAGCUUGGAUGAAAAUAAAAUAAUAAUGUCCAAUUUGCCGUAAAUGGAUUUGA